AGACGUUGAAAGAUCACUAUAAUAAUAUGAUUUUUAUAAAUGUUUGUUGUGAUAUAUUCCCUUCUAUUGUGAAAAACCUUUUUCAAUGUUAUAUAUAAAUUAAACAUAUUUUUUUAAGUACUGUAAAUAAAUGUACCUUUUCGGCAAUUAAUAUGAAUUUAUGAUUUAAACUAAGAUGCAGGUGGUUUUACUCCGCUCUCCGCAACGCCUUAUUUUAGGUGUUCAGGAAAUGUUUGUCCGAUAUUUUCCCAUUGCUUUUACCCAUAUACCAAUAGAAGAAUCUAUUAAUGUUUUUUCGUGUUUUGCAGAAUGUCGGAGAAAUGUUACAAUAAAUAACUUAAAACCUAUAAAUUUCAGUGUAAGAUACUAUAAUGAUUUUGAUAAUAAAUAUAUAGAUAUAUCAAGAUGGCCUGCUGAAGAUGUUGAUAAAGCCUUAAUGACACUUUUAGCUGAAAAUAAGGACAAAAAAGUACUCAAAUUUAUAAGUAUAUGCUAUGAGAAAAAAGUUGCAAUAGGAAAGGAUAUAUUGAAAACACUAUUUAGAGGAUAUAGCACCAAUGGGAAAGUAAAUAAUGUAAAUGUUUUACAAAAAUAUUGUAACAGAGUUAUGCCAAACUAUUAUCAAUAUAAUGGGGAGUUCUUUCAUUAUUUAGCAAAAGCAGAAUGUAUGAGAGGUAACUCUGAUAAAGGCUUGUCAAUACUAUUCAAUGCAUAUAAAAAAUAUGAGGCACACAGAGGUUUUUAUAGAACAAUAUUCAAAGAAUUGAUAUAUGAUUCUGUUACAAACAGGUCUGAGGCUUCUCUUGUUGUUUUUAAGAAAUAUGUGCUUGAACUUAGCAAUAAAUGGAGUGAUAGUUACCCUCUUGUGUGUUUUUGGCAUAUGUGUUGGAAAAGUGAUUGGUUCUCAGAUCAGCAACUUGCAGAGGAAUUACUUGAGAGUUCUGAAGAACUGCAGAAGGUUAUCAAAAAUAUGGCUUCAGCAAUGUGCAUAAGUGUUUUAAAGGAAUACAAUGAUGAUGCAGCAGCAAGGUUCCUACAGAUUCUCCUUAAGUAUAAAAUGAUGGAUGAAUAUGCACAUAUUCUUAAGAUUCUCUUUGCCUAUAAAUUAAAGAAUAGAGAUGUCCGAGGCUGCACUGAGAUUCUGCGUAAUUGUGAUGCACUGGGAGUAUCACUUCCGGCGUAUCAGCAUAACCAGUUCAUCAAGAUGAUGAUAAAGCGAAAAGACGACGAUGACGACAAACAGACACCAAGCAAAACAGAAAACUUUAAACUUAAGUUCUAAUAAGUAGUGGAUAGGUAAUUAAUAUAUACUUUUUGUACAGUG